UUCACCAACACCCAAAACUGUCAAAAGUCCUGCAUUACACAGCGUAGCAUAAUCAUAUUUGAGGUAUACAGUUGUAUAAAAGAAAAUCAUUGCUCUUCAACAAUGUCUGCUUCCCUCUUUGUGGUCAUACUGGGGUUGUACUACUGUAGCAAGGAGAGCUAUCAGUCAACUCUGGGGCGCCCAGAACUUAUUGGCCCUACAGAGGCUUUGGUGAAAAGGGUUGUAGAUUUUUAUUGUGAACUGAAAAUCUCCCCAGAGAAUGUAGCUAUCCUGCUGCAGUUAUUUAAGGUGGAUAAAAGUCCCAAGUUGUUGGGCGAAUACACCUCCCUGGAUAGGGAGGUUGCAGUCUUCCCCAUGGUAAUCAAACCUUCCCAUGAAGGCAACCUAACGUGUGUGGCCAAGGCACAGAACAACUCUAACAUAGAGCCCACUGUCAGCGACACACAGUACCUGAAGGUUGUUGAACCGGUGAAGGGUGCAAAGAUUGUCGUCCCUUCAGGCCAAGUGGAGUUUUUUGAGGGGAAGACACUGGAGCUACGCUGUAAACCUACUGUUGGAAAUCAUGUCUCCUACUCGUGGAUGCUGAAUGGUCAGCUUGUCUCUCAAUCUCGUCUCCUCUAUGUUGCAGAUGACUAUCUCUUGAUCAAGAGAACUACUUCUCAAGAUAGCGGCUCCUACAUGUGUGUCGCCACCAACGAAUUCAACAAAACAGACGUCUUUACCGCCAACAGCUCUGAAGUUGUAAUCACAGUGAAAGACCUGGUGUCUAUCCCUGACAUCUCCUUUACCGUGUUAAAGGAAGAUUCCCACAACUAUUCAGCCAUGGUCGCCUGUCAGACAACCAAAGGGACUCCACCUGUCACCUUUUCACUGUACAACAGGAGAGGAUCGGUUGACAAUGUGACGGUUGAUAAGAGAGAUGUCACAUUUAAGGUUCCAAUGGUCUUGGGCCGGCACUUGGGAUGGCUCCAGUGCCAGGCAAACAAUGGAGAUGGGAUCGAGUACAGUCAAUGGAUUUCCUUAGAAGUUGUUCCUGUUGGUGGGCCUGUGACGAUGCGUUACGACUAUGACAUUGGAGAAAACUAUGCCGUGAUCAGCCUGAGGUUCUACUGCAAGGCAGCGAAGGGAUCUCUCCCACGGUACCAAUGGUUCCUCAACAAAACCCUCCUGCAUGACCGAGGAAGCUUCUACUACGUGGUCAACCAGCCUCCAGAAGAGUCUGUACUCAUCCUGUCUGUAGGGAGGAGCAGCACUGGAUCGUACCACUGUGAAGUGUCGGACAGCUUUGACAACACCACCGCCAUAAGCAGCAAGAUGCUGUAUUUGGAUAAAGAAGAGCUGAAUCGUCUCCGCUCCUUGGUGGUGGUAGUUGUCUUUGGAUGUUUCACAUUCCUGGUUCUUCUGGUCUCCAUUUGUUUGUGCAUUGGAGCGAAGUCCAGUCAAAGGCAGCUUGGAGAGAAGUCUCUGUUGAGCUUGGAGAUGGAGGGAAUGGUGGCUUCAAAUGAGGAUGAGCUGGAUUUCUCAGAGUACGAUGAGGAUGCUGAUGUAGUGAAGAUGGCCAGAGGUGGUGAAUUUGAUCAGGCAUCUGAAGUCUCUGUAGAUGAAUGGCCCCAAAUUGAAGAAGUGAAGAAAAUGUUGGAGGAUGAACCAGUUGAGGGACCCUGAGGGUUCAAACUGUUAUAAACACAGGCUGUGGUUGUUUAAUAAACAUUGGCUCAAGAUGU